GAGAGGGUGACAGCAGACAGAACCUCACCACCACCCUCGAUCAAUAAACCCCUGCCAGUGUCUGCAAGCUGUCACUGCUCCUUUAAUUCCCCCUCCCACUGCCCUCCCGGCUUUGCUCGUACGUCCUGCCCGCCGAAACUCCACCUUCCGCGGGGCUGUACUGAGCCGGGCUGGGCUGGGCCGGCCCAGCCGGAGCGAGCAGGGCGGUGGCGGCAGCAGCUUCCGGAGUGGAGCGGAAGGUAGCGGCGCUGGUGCCCAGCUAUGAUGCCCUUUGGCGGGAUGGCUGCUCGUCUGCAGAGAGACCGCCUGAGAGCCGAGGGGCUCGGCCAGCACAACAACGCCAUCAAGUACCUCAACCAGGACUAUGAGGCCCUCAAGCAGCAGUGCAUUGAGAGUGGCACCCUCUUCAGGGAUCCCCAAUUCCCAGCUGGCCCAUCUGCCCUUGGAUUCAAGGAGCUGGGGCCGCACUCCAGCAAGACGCGGGGAGUGGAGUGGAAGCGUCCGUCGGAAUUAGUGGAUGACCCGCAGUUCAUUGUUGGUGGUGCCACUCGGACGGACAUCUGCCAGGGGGCUCUGGGCGACUGCUGGCUGCUGGCUGCCAUUGGCUCCCUCACGCUCAACGAGGAGCUCCUGCACCGCGUGGUGCCCCAUGGACAGAGCUUCCAAGAGGACUAUGCUGGCAUCUUCCACUUCCAGAUCUGGCAGUUCGGUGAGUGGGUGGACGUGGUGGUGGAUGACCAGCUGCCCACCAAGGAUGGGGAACUUCUGUUUGUCCACUCGGCGGAGUGCACCGAGUUCUGGAGUGCUCUGCUGGAGAAGGCCUAUGCCAAGCUGAACGGCUGCUACGAGUCGCUCUCGGGGGGCAGCACCACCGAGGGCUUUGAGGACUUCACGGGCGGCGUGGCGGAGAUGUACGACCUGAAGCGGCCGCCGCGCAACAUGGGCCACAUCAUCCGCAAGGCGCUGGAGAGGGGCUCCCUGCUGGGCUGCUCCAUCGACAUCACAAGCGCCUUUGAUAUGGAAGCAGUGACCUUCAAGAAGCUGGUGAAGGGCCAUGCCUAUUCUGUCACAGCCUUCAGAGAUGUGAACUACCGGGGUCAGCAGGAGCAACUCAUCCGCAUCAGGAACCCCUGGGGCCAGGUGGAGUGGACUGGAGCCUGGAGUGAUGGUUCCUCUGAGUGGAACAGCAUUGACCCUGACGAGAGGGAAGAGCUGCAGCUGAAAAUGGAGGAUGGAGAGUUCUGGAUGUCUUUCCGGGACUUCAUGAGGGAGUUCUCCAGGCUCGAGAUCUGCAACUUGACCCCGGAUGCCCUCACCAAGGACGAGCUCAGCAGAUGGCACACACAGGUGUUCGAGGGCACGUGGCGCCGGGGGAGCACUGCCGGGGGCUGCAGAAAUCACCCAGCCACGUUCUGGAUCAACCCCCAGUUUAAGAUCAAGUUGCUGGAAGAAGAUGACGACCCUGGGGACGAUGAGGUGGCCUGCAGCUUCCUGGUGGCUCUGAUGCAGAAGCACCGGCGGCGGGAGCGGCGGGUGGGAGGUGACAUGCACACCAUCGGCUUUGCUGUCUACGAGGUUCCUGAGGAGGCCCAGGGCAUGCAGAAUGUGCACUUGAAGAAGGACUUCUUCCUGCGAAACCAGUCCCGGGCACGGUCUGAGACCUUCAUCAACCUGCGGGAGGUGAGCAACCAGAUCCGGCUGCCCCCCGGCGAGUACAUCAUUGUGCCCUCCACCUUCGAGCCGCACAAGGAGGCCGACUUUGUCCUGCGGGUCUUCACCGAGAAGCAGUCGGACACAGCGGAGCUGGAUGAGGAGAUCUCGGCAGAUCUGGCAGAUGAGGAGGAAAUAACUGAGGAUGACAUAGAGGACAGCUUCAAGAACAUGUUCCAGCAGCUGGCAGGGGAGGACAUGGAAAUCAGCGUCUUUGAGCUUCGGACCAUUCUGAACAGAGUCAUCGCUAGACACAAAGAUCUGAAAACGGAUGGGUUCAGCCUGGACUCCUGCCGCAACAUGGUCAACCUGAUGGAUAAAGAUGGCAGUGCCCGCCUUGGGCUGGUGGAGUUCCAGAUCCUGUGGAACAAGAUCCGGAGCUGGCUGACGAUCUUUCGCCAGUACGACCUGGAUAAGUCGGGCACCAUGAGCUCCUACGAGAUGCGCAUGGCUCUAGAGUCAGCCGGUUUCAAGCUGAACAACAAGCUGCAUCAGGUGGUGGUAGCCCGCUAUGCAGACGAUGACAUGGGCGUGGACUUUGACAACUUUGUCUGCUGCCUCCUGAAGCUGGAGACCAUGUUCAGGUUCUUCCAUAGCAUGGACUCUGAAGGCACUGGCACUGCUGUGAUGAACCUUUCUGAGUGGCUGCUGCUGACGAUGUGUGGCUAGGAGUUACAACAAAUCCACUGCAGCUGGGACACCCCAAUGGGCCGGGCCCACUCCAAGUGCCUCCCCUUGGAUCCAUGGAUACAGGAUACUCUUCCUCCCUUGCUCCAUCCCACGCUGAGCCACCAGCCCUGCCUCCCAGCAAGCCUCACACCAUCUUCUCCAGUGGACCAGGGGUCAAGGCAGGCGGGGGAUUCCCUUCUCCUCUUCUGGGCUGGGCUCCUUUCCACUCCCCCUUCCUCGCUCUCACCCCAGAACAGGAGGAGGGCAGCAGCAUGGGGUACCUGUGAAUCCCUGCACGGUGGCAGGCUGGGGGCCGGCUGCAGAGCAGGGAGAGGCAGCUGCAAGAGGGGGAGCACACUCGUAUCGCUCGCUCUAGUGCUGGCCCAAAUCCCUCGGGCACACAUUGCCUAUCUCUGCCCCCACACCUGGGAGCACCAGCACGUAUUGCCUUGCUCACGCAGCAGGUUCCUGAGGGAGCCAGAGUGGCCUUCUGGGAGGAGGAAUGGCCGUACUCAGUAUCAUGAAGCCCUUGCACCAUGCUUACCACCACUAGGCACGACCAAAGCUUGGAGCCUGCUGGCUCUUUUCUGCGUGGCCUUCAACACAUGCCCUCCACCUCCAUGCCCCUGCUUAUGCCCACCACUGGGUCAAGCCCUACAACUCAAGCACUGAAUGUUUCGGGGCUCCUCUGCCAUGUGGACACAUGUGACCCUGUAGUGCAGCAGCUGAAGCUUCUCUUGUCCACGUAGGCACAGCUAUGCCAUCACUGUCACAGCAGCCUGGCCUCCCCUCCCAUCCCUGGGAGCUCCUGGAUAUCUGCUGCCCUUGGUCAUGGCCCACAGCAGGGCUAGGGGGUACAGCACCCAAGAGGCAAUGCCUUCCUCCAGAGAGCAGGGGGUGGUGGUUUAGGGGGGUCUUCAGCACAAAGUUGGGCUUUUUCUCCCAAUCCCUCAUCCUCCUACACUGUAACACUCUCCUCUCAUCUUGGGCUCCUUUGCCCAGUGCGGAUGGACUCCAGUGCCAACAUAUUUGCACUUCUCUGUGCUACUCCAUUGCCCUCACCUUCUUCUGGGGUAAUGGGGUGGCUCCAGCCUGGCAGUGGGCGAGGGCCCGUCCCCUGCCCUGUAGAGGCAGGCAGGCAGUUUGCUUCCCCCAGACCCCUGUUGUCACUGGAGGAUGCACCUGCAGCAAUAACCACUGCUGCCUGCCCGGCAGCUCUGCUUCCUCACCCUGCUCACUGUGCCCUCCAGGAAUAAAGAGAUCUGAUACA